AUUACAACACAAACUGUCAUAACCGUCACACACGACGCGCGCGCGCGCACUUCGCCAUAGCCAGCAAGCAAGCUUUACCUUGUAUUGGUACGUGCAAAGGCGGCCGAUCGUUCCAUCUCCAAUUCUCCAUCAUGUGUGACGACUGCGAGUGCUGCUGCGCCUGCUUCGCCCCGCGGUACCAACGCUUCGCGUGCGGCUUCUGCAUCGGCCUCGCCAUCAUCGCGGCGGUCGCCGUCAUCGUCGUCCUCGUCCUCGGCUACGGGCACGCCGCGCAGCCCACGUUCGAGGUGGACGACGCCUCGCUCACGCGCUUCGCCGUCGCCAUCUCCCCCGCCACCGCCAUCUCCUACAACCUCACGCUCACGCUCGCCGUCCGCAACCGCAACUGGGCCAUGGGCGCCGCCUUCCGGUCCCUCCAGGCCGACUACCUCUUCGAGGACCAGCGGUUCGACCGCGUCGACGUCGUCGCCUCGCCCACCUACGUCCUGCCCGCCAGGAAGACCGCCGUGUUCCGCCUCUCCAGCGGCGCCGACGCCGUGAACGCCAUGCUCGGCAGCGCCGGCGUCAGGGCGUACAGGAAGCAGAGCGCCAAGGGGGCGUUCGACAUCGAGGUGAAGCUCUCCGGCCAGGUCAAGUACCAGCUGCACAGCACGUGGUGCAGGCUCGAGGCCAAGUGCCCGCUCAACCUGCAGCUCGGAUCGCCGGACGGUGGCGGCGCCGUCGUCUUCCAGAAGACCAGCUGCGAGGUGCUCCGGUCAUCGCAGAAGGGGUGCUGAACUGUUGUUCGUCGCUUGCUGCAUCUGCAAUUCUACAUGCAUUGGAUUCAUAGAUCGUUAAACAGUGUUUGGCUGCUUGGUUUCGUUUUCUUUUUAUUUUUCUCCCUUUCUUCGUAAGAGUUUGGAGUCAUUAUCAUUGCUUCGUAUUGCAUGCCAUGCAUGCGUAAUGCAAAGUUUGGGGUGUGCUUGGCUUGUUUGAGACCCGGAAAUUAAAUUAAAUUAAA